AAGCUAUGUAUGGAUUAAGUCUCUCUCUCUCUCUCUCUCUCUCCUUUUCAUAGCCUUAAAUACCCAAUCUUCCCAGCGUUCCUGCUAUUUUUCAUUCCCAAACUGAUAGAUACGUAUGUUUUCCCCAUUUAAUACCAACGCCUGCAUAUGCAACAUCUUAUAUUCUUUUUGAUUUCGCUUUUUUUUUCUUCCUGCAAGCUUCCAGCCUAGCAGUGGUCACCCAUGGCCACAAAGACCAUAGCAUCCAAGCCUGCAAGGCAACUUGGAGAACUCCUCCGAGAACAACAAGAACCUUUUGCUUUAGAGGUUUACCUUUCAGAAAAAGGUUGUGGAACAAAGAACUUAACUUCCAUCCACAGCCAUGGCAGUUCAGGCAAGUUUCUAAAGAAGUCCGGUAGUAACAAAAUCAAGAGAAACAAGGGUAUUCCGAACUUCCCAAAGGUGCUUAAAGUUCUACUAUGCAACAAGUUCUUUACAAUCAGAGGCUUAAGAACCAAGAAUCCCAAUGAUGAAGAUGGAAAUAACCAAGAAAUUGCAGAGGCAGAUAGAUUUUCUUCCAGUAGCUGCUCAGCACUGUAUAAUUCAAGCUCAGAUAGCGACACAGAUGAAGCAUCAAUGUUUACCGACAACUCCAGGCCUUCAGAACACCAUGCCGAAAGGGGAAAAAAGGCAGCUGUAGAUACAAAGUUUCAACUGAGCGCAUGCAUGGAAGACAGUAAGCAAAACAGCCCACAGUCAGUAUUAGAAGCAAUAUCUACUUCAACAGGUUCCCCACUUGAUACCAUUUCCAAUACAAGGCAGAAAAGCCUCAUGUCAUAA